AUGGUCUACGAAGACAAACCUGCUACCUCUCCUCCAGAGGACGACCCGUCCUUUGUUGGAAAAAGCCUAGUUGGCACUGUCAAGGAAACUUCACAUCCUGAUAAAGUUAGGAAAGUUUGCCGCUCUGUAGAAGCCCCGAAGAAACAGUUUGACGGGCCCCGCAAACUAUAUCCUGAAGAAAAGGUCAGACGUUGCCAGGAAUGGACUGCCGAGGCCGUUGCGGCCCUCACCCAAGCUGGCCUUCUGAACCAGGACAACAUUAUUUCUGCGUAA